GUGCAAUGCUCUUGACGACUAGUGUAGAAAUAGAAGUUGCAGGCGCUGCAGCGCAAUCAUUGAAGGCGAAACGCGUAGCCGAAAAACAUGUUCUUCCAGCGUGACUACUAAGAAUACUACGAAGUGAAGACGACGCACUAGUGUUGUGGAGUAAAAGUGAGAUUAGUACAGCUAUUGAAAGAGAAAGUGUAGCUAAAAUUUAGCAAAAAUAAGAAAAAUAAUAUAAUUUUAAACAAAAAAAUAUGCCGCGAACCACUCGCUUGCUCUUGCUCUUACUAUCCGCCUGCGUACUAAGCGUGCUCCAACAGCGCGUAACGGUCAACGCUGACACAAAAGUGCUCAACAUACUAAGCUUAAAUCAGCCUGGCAAUAGCCGUUAUGAGGUCAUCUCACUGGAGAAUGCCGGCACCGCAGAUGAGGAGUUGGUGAUUAAAGGCAAUCGGACCGUAGAAUUGGGUCCUCCAAACUCGUUGGGUCUCAUUUAUAUGGUGGUAACGGAGUAUACUGCCGAUAAUAAUGGUUAUCGUGUGCACUCUCGUAUUGAGGCGGUACCGCUAUUGGAAACGCGUUUGAGUUCGAGUCUGCUAAUGUCCGCAGCGGGUUAGUGAGCCGAGGAAGCUCGAUGUUUUUAAGUGUUUCGAAUUUAUUAAUUAGAAAAUGUGUGUUGUGAAGGCGUAGAUUUGAAAUUGAUUCAUUUUUGAGUAUUAUUUUCCACUAUUUGGUACUUAACCCGUUGACAACGAGGCAGAGUCAUAUUGGCCGGAACAGUUCUUUAUAUAUUUUUAUGUCUUUUUUUGUUACAUUUUGUGAAGAGCAAGCGUUUUAUAAUUAUGCUUAAGAUCUAUAUAUACAUAUAUUUAUAUACUAUAUCAAAUAUUAAAUAUUGAAAAUAUAAUUUGAAUAAAAUCUGUUAUAUGGCUGUUAUUUAGAGCUUUAGUUAAA